UCCUCCAUAACCCCCUGUAGUGCACUGUUAGUUGGAAGUAAUUGAUUUUGGAUAGCCUUCUGCACCAACGCUCCAAAGGUGAAUGCAAUAUUUCCAACAGCCCCUGAAGGCAGCAUUACCCCUCCGGUUUACGGUCUCUCUCAGCUCAGUUUCAACGUGAUCGCGUCUCUCUGAGAGCAGCGGUGUCUGAGGAGCGCUCAUAUACUUCGCUCAUACGCACUUUAAACAGGAUGUAGCGACUGAGACAGACCACGGAAAAAAAAAAAAAAAACACUGCGGGUUAAACACUGCGAUGUGACAAACACCAGUGAGCCAGAAAUGACCGCCACAGCGGAGGAGAAGAAGACAGAAGGAGUCCCGAUGAGGCAGCUCACUGCCGGCAGGUCUUGACGGCUGCUCCCGCUGACCUGAGACACCCCGCACCGCCGCAGCACCGCGCGGUUUACACACACUGAAAACCCAACAUAGCUGAAAUACUCCACAUCCCGUUGGCGAACCUUGAAAGCGAUAAUGGCGAGCCAGGGCGACUGCUGUGUGAAGGUUGCGUUGAGGAUUCGUCCUCAGAUGGCCAAGGAGAAGAUAGAGGGCUGUCAUGUGUGCACACUGGUCACACCUGGAGAACCACAAGUCCUCCUGGGAAAGGACAAGGCCUUCACCUACGACUACAUGUUUGACAUUGACUCAGAGCAGCAGCACAUCUACCAGGCCUGCGUGUACAAGCUCAUUGAGGGCUGCUUAGAGGGCUACAACGCCACCGUGUUCGCUUAUGGUCAGACGGGCUCGGGGAAGACCUACACCAUGGGGACGGGCUUCGAUGUGAGCCUGAGCCAGCAGGAGCAGGGCAUCAUUCCGCGGGCUGUUCACCAUCUGUUUGAGGGAAUCCAGAGUAGGAGGGUGCAUGCCCAGGAGGCCGGCACCCAGCCACCCGAGUUUAAAGUCAGCGCCCAGUUCCUAGAGUUGUACAAUGAAGAGAUCCUGGACUUGUUUGACGGAACCAGAGAACCAGAAAGUCGGAGCAGGAAGUCCAACAUUAAGAUCCACGAGGAUGCCAGUGGCAGCAUCUACACCACUGGAGUCACUUCCAGACUGGUGCACUCAGAGGAGGAGCUGCUGCAGUGUCUGAAGCUCGGCGCUCUGUCCCGCACCACAGCCAGCACCCAGAUGAAUGCCCAGAGCUCCCGCUCGCACGCCAUCUUCACCAUCCACCUCUGUCAGAUGAGAGUGUGCCAGCAGCCUCAAAUGAACGGAGGAGGAGAGAACGGGGAGGUGAACGGUGUGGACUCCAGCCCCAUCACCCAGCCGGAGUUCGAGACGCUGAUGGCCAAGUUCCACUUUGUGGACCUGGCCGGCUCUGAGAGGCUGAAGCGCACCGGAGCUACAGGAGAGAGAGCCCGCGAGGGAAUCUCUAUCAACUGUGGACUGCUGGCGCUGGGAAAUGUGAUCAGUGCUUUAGGAGACCAGACUAAGAAGGGAGGGCACGUCCCUUACAGAGACUCCAAACUUACUCGUCUGCUACAGGACUCACUGGGAGGCAACAGUCGCACAGUGAUGAUCGCCUGCGUCAGUCCGUCAGACAGGGACUUUAUGGAGACCCUGAACACGCUUAAGUACGCCAACCGCGCCCGAAACAUCAAGAACAAGGUGGUGAUGAACCAAGACAAGACCAGCCAGCAGAUCAGUGCCCUGCGUGCCGAGAUAGCCAGGCUUCAGAUGGAACUGAUGGAGUACAAGGCGGGGAAGCGUGUGGCAUGUGAGGAUGGUUCAGAGGGCUACAGCGACCUGUAUCAGGAGAAUGCCAUGCUGCAGAGAGAAAGCGACACACUGCGCCUCAGGGUAAAGGCCAUGCAGGAGACCAUUGACCACCUCAACACCCGUGUAACACAUCUGCUGGCCAACGAGGUCAGCACUCUGCUGACCAAGUCAGGUGGACGCAAUGAGGAGAUUGGGGCUUUAAUACAGAACUACAUCCGAGAGGUUGAAGAACUUAGAACAAAGCUUCUUGAGAGCGAGGCCAUGAACGAGUCGUUGCGACGGCAGGCGGGCCGACUUUCCUCGCGUUCCCCGUUCCCCGCCUCCUCUCUCAGCCCCGCCCCCGGCCACCCCCCUGGCUCCUCCCCUGCUCCCAUGUCCAUGGAGGCAGAGAUGACGGACGUGUUACGCCGGGCCAAGCUGGACAUUGAGAGGCUGAAGAAGAAGGAGAGGAGGCAGAGGAGGAUGAGUCCAGAGUUGGAGAAAGGGAUGAAGAAACGAGUGAAACUGCACACUCACGAGAAUGGAGAGAACGGGCAGAGUGGUCAAAACGGACAAAACGGACAGAAUGGAGAGAUUGAUUCAGACGACAAUUUUGCUGAGGACAUCAUGUCUCCACUGCAGGAGGAGAGUGGUUGUGAGGAAGAUGAGGGGGAGGAUGAGGAGGAGGGCAGGGAGGAGGAGGACGAGUUUGACAGUGACGAGAGCCUGGUGGAUUCAGACUCGGACUCUGAUGAGAAAGCAGCCAACUUCCAGGCAGACCUGGCCGAUCUGACCUGCGAGAUCGAGAUCAAACAGAAGCUGAUAGACGAGCUGGAGAACAGUCAGCGAAGGCUGCUGAUGCUGAAGCUGCAGUACGAGGAGAAGCUUAUUCUACUGCAGAACAAGAUCCGAGACACUCAGCUGGAGAGAGACCGUGUACUGCAGAACCUCAUGUCCAUGGAGAACUACACGGAGGAGAAGGCCAGCCGGAUCAAGCAGGAGUAUGAGAAACGUCUUAAGGAGAUGAACCGAGACCUGCUGAAGCUACAAGCAGCACAGAAAGAGCAUGCGCGUCUCCUCAAAAACCAGGGGAGGUACGAACGGGAGCUGAAGAAACUCCAGACAGAGGUCAACGACAUGAAGAAAGCCAAGGUGACACUGAUGAAGCAGAUGAAGGAGGAGCAGCAGAGGAGGAGGAUGGUGGAGGCAAAGAGGAGCCGCGAGAUCGCCCAGCUCAAGAAGGAGCAGCGGCGACAAGAGUACCAAAUUCGAGCUCUGGAGUCUCAGAAGCGGCAGCAGGAGCUGGUGCUGCGCAGGAAGACCCAGGAGGUGACCGCCCUGCGGCGCCUGGCCAAACCCAUGUCAGACCGCGUGGCCGGGCGCGUGGCCCGCUGGAACCAGACUCCCCCAGUUACGGACUCUGGAGCCGAGUUGUCAGCCAGCACGACAGCAAGCAGCUCUGAACCUGAGACUGCGAGGACUGUGAGUGGGCUGGUGAGACAGUGGAACAACAAAAACAAUGGGUUCGGAUACCUGGGAGAGAGUGAAGGGAGCAUGGACGGAACCAGGGUCAUUGGCAGCAGGAAGAAGUUGCAGCGUAAGCCAGCAGGCCUGGGCAGCACUGGAGCGGCAGGCAGAGCCAGCAGUUUCUCCAAGUCUGCCCGUCAGAAGUGGCAAGCCCUGGAGCAUCGCAUUAUGGACAUUGUCAUGCAGAGAAUGACAAUCGCUAACGUGGAAGCUGACAUGGAUCGCCUUAUCAAGAAGCGAGAGGAGCUGACGGUCCAGCAGGAAGCGCUCUCACAUAAGAGGGAGGUACUAAUGGCGGACGGGGAGGGACCAGAAGCAGAGGACCGCCUCCUCCAGGAAAUUAAUGAGGAGAUAGAGGUGCUGAAUGCCAAUAUAGACUACAUCAAUGACAGCCUGUCUGACUGCCAGGCCACCAUUGUACAGAUAGAAGAGACCAAGGAUGAGCUGGACUCAGUGGACACCUCAGUGGUGAUCAGCUCCUGCUCUCUGGCUGAAGCACGCAACCUGCUGGACCACUUCCUGAAGGCUUCCAUUGACAAAAGUUUACAGGUGGCUCAGAAGGAGGCUCAGAUCAGACUGCUGGAGGGUCAGCUGAGACAGACGGAUAUGAUUGGCUCAUCCCACAAUCACAUGAUCCUCGAUGCCCUGCGAGAAAAGGCAGAAUACAUCCCUGAACUCCAGGCUCUUAUCCACAAUGUACAGCAGGAAAAUGGUUACGCCAGCACAGACGAGGAGCCCUCUGAGUUCAGCCAAGCCUCUGACAGCAGUGUAUCUCAAAUGAAAGAAUCCAACAGCCAAGAUGAUUUCAAGUUAAAGAUGGAGCCUCGUCUGUCAGCUCAGAUGAAGGCGGUGUCGGCGGAGUAUCUGGGUCCCAUCCUGGACCCCUCAUCAGGCAGCAAGCAGCAGCACAUCACCAAGUCUCUGGCCUCGCUGACGGACAUCCAAGAGGAUGGCCUGAGCCUGGGGACAACAGGUCUGGGGUUCAGCCUGGCCCUACGAGACCCUUACCACAGGGACCGGGCGUCUCGCACCAUCAGCCUACCUGUCAGGGGACACACCUUUCCCAGGCAGUCUCGGGGUUAUGACACUUCCCCUAUAACAAGGAGGAAAUCUUACGACCGUGCGUACAGGCCCACUGAUGGCUAUACUCCCCCCUCCUCCCCUCCUCUGAGGACCAGGAACGACCGCAAUGUGUUCUCAAGGCUCACCAGCAACCAAACCCAAGGGUCUGCUCUGGACAAGUCGGAUGACAGCGACUCCUCGCUCUCCGAGGUGCUCAGGGGUGUAAUCAAUCCCAUUGGGGGUGUGAAAGGGGGUCGGACGGCGCCCCUGCAAUGUGUUUCUGUAGCCGAGGGCCACUCGAAGCCGGUCCUGUGUGUGGAUGCCACAGAUGAGCUGCUGUUCACUGGAUCUAAAGAUCGUACCUGUAAGAUGUGGAACCUGGUAACAGGUCAGGAGAUCGUCACCCUCAAAGGCCACCCAAACAACGUGGUGUCGGUCAAAUAUUGUCCUUCCUCCUGUCUGGUCUUCUCUGUCUCCACCUCCUACAUCAAAGUGUGGGACAUCCGCGACUCUGCCAAGUGUGUCCGCACGUUUACUUCAUCGGGGCAGGUAGUUUCAGGUGAUGCGUGUGCGGGCACCACCACCCGCACAAUAACCUUUGCACAGGGUGAGUGUCAGAUCAACCAGAUAGCCCUCAACCCGUCAGGAUCUGUGCUCUAUGCUGCCGCUGGAAACACUGUUCGCAUGUGGGACCUCAACAGGAUGCAAGGAAUGGGGAAGCUGACAGGCCACAUCGGCUCCGUCAUGUGUCUGACAGUGGGACAGUCUCUGCUGGGAAAAGACCAAGUAAUCACUGGCUCCAAAGACCAUUAUGUCAAGGUGUUUGACGUGGCAGAGGGAACUAUGGGUAAUGUAGGUCCAGCUCAUAACUUUGAGCCGCCCCAUUAUGACGGCAUCGAGUGUUUGGCAGUACAGGGAGAUGUGCUGUUCAGCGGGUCCAGGGACAACGGCAUCAAAAAAUGGGAUCUGGAGCAGCAGGAGCUCACCCAGCAAAUCCCAAACGCCCAUAAGGACUGGGUGUGCGCUCUGGCGUACGUCCCGGGCCGGCCCAUGCUGCUGAGCGCCUGUCGGGGCGGCAUGCUGAAGGUGUGGAACGUAGACAACUUCACCCCCAUAGGAGAGGUCAGAGGUCAUGAGAGCCCCAUUAACGCCAUAUGUACCAACUCAAGACAGAUCUUCACUGCGUCCAGCGACAAGACAGUGAAGAUCUGGUCGUCAAAGGUGUGGAGGAAGAGGUGACAACUGAAGUGACAGUUGCUCCUUUGCCAUCUUGCUGCAACUUCAGCCACUGAUCUGUGACCUGCUUACUUCUAGCAAUGAGAUAUGACACUGAAAACACAGUUUCCAAGGCAAUCAAGGUGUUUUUUUCUUUGUCAAGGUGCAAAAUGACAAAGCCGAGGCAGAAUAUGUAUUCAAAGGCAAAAAACGAUUUGCCUUUCAGAUUCUUUUACUGCCAAUUUGAAAGUGCCAUUCAGGUGUGAUGCUACUUGGACAAAUGGCAUCUUCCCGGCCGUGGAUACACCAGGCAGAACAAUUUCUCUCCUGACACGAAAACUAUCACAGCCUGGUAUUAAAAGGAAAAGAAAAAGUGUCCUUCUGUUCUUUCACCAAGGUUUCAGAAUCCUUGUGGAACAGUGAGAGGUGAAUUUGCUCAAAGACGUGUGUAUUCAUGUAUCUGUUGUCUGAAAGUCAAGACAUGGCCGAAUUUAAAUCCUAGAGGGACCUUAACUAACAACUGGGACCUUUGUUCCUCCAUUCAGUCUUCAUUAGCAUUGUGACUGUUCUGAUACUGAGCACAUUGGAUUAUACUAUGUGUUCGUCGUGGUGGAUGAUCAAAAGACAAUUGCUUAUCAUGGGUUAGACGUCACUGGAAAAUUACACAAAACACCAUCACUUGAUAUUAUGUUUUUUACUCCGGAAAAGCCCUCCAAUCACUUUUAGUUCAAGUCGCUCUCAGUAUAUCACUGAAACUUUAUUGCGUUCCACAAGUCGUGUUAAUUUUUUUUUAAUGACUUUUACUAAUUUAUUUUCCUCUACCUCAGUUGUUUUGGACUUUGGCAUGAGGUGGGAGGGAAUGUUUUUACGGGUCAUCAUGUACAAACACCUGGUGCUUGACAUUUUGAAAUCUUUAUUUAAUGCCUGGCUCUUCAUAUCUGUGUGGAUGUGUCCUCUGUGGCCCUCUGGCUUUCAGACUGUCUAGCUGCUGACCUUGCAAACAGGAAAGCACACGUCCAGUAGCACAACUACAAGGUAGCACUGGCCCCGGAGGAGGAAUCUGAUUGGAUUGUAUUAUCUGCUCUGUAAAGUGCUAACUGCUGCAAAAAUAAGAAACACCCCUGCAGAUGCACGACAGGGUACAGGUACACACCUACAGUACACACUCCUAAGAGACAUUUGUGAGUCGGGUAGUUCAUUGAGGCCCAAGUGCCAGAUCAUUAUCUUAACCACCCUACAGUAUGUGACCCAUACCUGCCAUUUAUCUUCCACACAAAUGGUAAUAGGAGCCCUACCAGUUUCCCCCUGCCUGCUUUCAGCUCCACUCUGAUCUUUAAGGUUAGCGACUGUCAGACUGACCAGCCUUACUGAAGAGUUCACCUUUUUCCCAGCUACUGAACUUCUCUGGGAAGCCUAUUUAAUUAGAGGUCUCGCAGCUCUGCUGGCUGCUUUUCAUGCAAGAUUACUUGGGUGAAAGUAGGUCAUAACUGAGAGGGAUUUCUUAUUAAAAUCCCAAUUUUCUUCCACCCACUAUUUGCUGCUACAUUUAAAUACAGGAAGUUUUUUCCUGUACCCGUGCACUGAUGUACAAAUCUGUUUAUGUGGCAGAUUAUGUGUGUGGGCAACACAAACACACACACACAUACACACACAUAUGCACAAACUGUGGACACACAAACACAAGAUUUCAGUGGAUGUUUCGGUUAUCCAUCUUGCCUGAUAGGUCUUGGCAUCCCUCACUGUGUUGAUUUAGUGUCUCUUUAAUGAAACAAAUUCAGCACUGCAGCACACAUACAUACACACUCCUACAGGCAACAGUAAUAACCCAACUCUUAAAAGUCAGUUCAAUUAUCUUUUUGUUGUCUGACGCUUCUGAAUACAGAUAAUAGCAAGCAUUCACAUCACUUUCAGUUUAUGAACUUGGGCUUUUUUGUAUCACUUCAAAAUGACACGCAGCAUUUAAAAGCUUCUUGUCAUACAGAUGUCUUACAAUAUCUCAGUUGAAUUUUGUUCAGCUCUAAAAUCUCACUCCUUCUGUUGAAAAAAGAGUACUUUGGUGAUUUAGUGCCCUUUUCCUUCUAAAAGACCCAGAAACAUGUAGUUUAAUUAAAAAAGCUUGGAUCACAAAAGCCACUCAUAGGUGCUGAAGUUAGUUAAUACUUUCAACAUACUUUCUGCAAAUUGUCCCUUUUAAGAGGGAGUAUGUACUGCUGCUGGUUGAUGUGGCCAACAUGAGUUUGAAGCUGCUUACACUCUCCCAAAGCAAUGAUAUGGGUUUUGGGUAUAUGUUGGGGGGGGGGGUAAUUUGUUGAAGCGUUCCUAAUAUUUUGCUACGCUUAGAAACUCAGGUAAAGGUGGAAGGAUAAUAUUAGUCAUACUUUAGUCAUUACUUGACCCUGUGAAUUUAGGUAGCUCUUUGAAUCGACCAAAUGCCUUUUUUGAGAGAUUUUUUUUUUUUACUUUGAGAAAAAAGGUACUAUCAGUGUACCACCCCUUUUUGUAAAAGACCCAUUUCCAUGUUUUGCUUUUGCAUUUGCUUCCCUUUACUUAUUAUCUAUGUACUGUGCUUUUCUGUACAAAAUGUACACAUCUUAAAUGACAUCUUCACAAUCUGGCCAAAGCUGAAAGUCUUGCAACUCUGAGAAGAUGUGCACUGAUUUUUGACCAUAAUAACUUGUUUAAAAUAUGUAUAAAUGAUGGUAAUUGUAUAGUAGUUUGUCUAUAAAACUGGAGUGAGUGGUACAAAAUGUGGUCAGUAAGGAAAACAUAAUGGGCUAUAUACUUUGACUUUGAGUCAGACUCCACUGGGUCCUUCACAGGUAUUUAUCUGUGCUAAUUAGCCAAACUGACCCUGCUCACCAGCACUGUGGUGUGUUUCAUGUGAUAAUAAUGCUAAGACAGCCUUUAUCUCCAUUUUUUUCCACUCCUCCAGACUCCUGCUUAUUACUAGAAAAGAUCUUGUAGUACUGUAGUUUUCGGCACUCACAGGUGCCCUGUGCUUGUACAUUUGCUGAAAGAUGCAUGAUGUUAGUGGUGCUCAUCGGUUGAUUGGACAUCUCAAAACAUAGCAAUUUAGUCAAUCUUAAUGUUUAACACCUGAGUGGAUUUGCUAUCAAAAUCUUAGAAGGAAUUGGCAAUUUGUUUUGAUUCUGAAGCGUUGACAGUCAAUGAAUUAAGUUAUGUAACAAAAAUGUUGAAUGUGCUUCACAAACGAUGUUUGCUUGGAAGAUUUAUUAUAGCCAAGCAGAAGCCCUAAAUUAUUAUCUGGUCUUGGAUCAGCCCCACCCAAAGUUGCCCCAAGUUCUGAGGAUCGUAUUCUGCCGAUGUCAGCACCACUUCAUUACUUGAUGAUGUGUAAAUAGGUGUGUCAUACCUCUUUUAAUAUUACAGAGGAGAUUUAGUCGAGGUUAACUGACUUCUUUCCCAUCAGCUGGCCUCUGAGUAAUCUCUGCAAGUUAGGAUUUACAUGCACUUUGGAUAAUGAACACUGCUGUGAAUACUCUGUGAACUGUUUUCCAGAUAUGUAUUAAGCCUAGUUUUAGACUUAGUUUACAAAGACAGAGUUUAUGAGUCCCAAACGAGGCUUAAAGCACUGAAAUUGUACUGAAAAGAACACAUCUGUUUAGCUCUACAGUAGGUUUAGAAAUCAGUGAUAUUAAUGUUUGUGCUGGUACCGUAUGUAAGAUAACAGUCAAGACAGAAAGACAGGCCCCAGUAUGUCCCUGCCUUUAAAGUCCCUUUUAUAGCAAAUGUUACCUGAGAAUGAAAAUGUUCACUUUGACAGAGCAGCAAGCACACCUUUUGUAGACGCUCAGGAGAGUCCAUCUCCAUCCUUAUUUCCCUGGCUGUCUGCUGGCAUUCAGGCAUUUUUCUUAAUAUUACUGACCACAAACAGGUCAUAUUACUCUGUGAAAGAUAUAAUCGGAGACACAAGAUGACAAGAUUCAACCUUAAUCUAUUUCACCUACCACAAUCAACUAGGAAAAUCCUACCUGAUGAAAUGUCCUUUCAGAAAGGGAUAUGAUCACACUAAAUGUACCAUUGAGCAUGUAGUGAGUAUUGUUUGAUCUAUACCUCUCUCCGAUCCCGAAUUGGUACACCAGCUGGUGGCAAUGUUCUGUAGCCAAACGUGAAAAAAAAUCUAUUGUAGGUUCCCGUAGCCCCUAUUAGCAUCUGGUUUGAAUUGGAAAGCUGUUUGACCAAAGCUGAAAAUCACUUGGAACAGCUGAUACCUUGCUCACUCUUUAAAGCCACUAUGUGUGUAAUUGAAAUUUUCAGAUUAUCUGGUGCCCCCCCAGUGGUAGUAUUUAAAAAUAAAUAAAUAAAAUAAAACAACAAUGCAUACUGCUGCACCCACAAAUCUCACCUUGGGACACAGAAUGAAUUGACCAUUUGCUGAACAUCGCCCCCCCGUAGUAACUGUUGCUAUGCCUGUCAAGCUUUCCGUUCUCACAUAGCAUAUAUGCAGUUUACAGUGAUAACAUUGGCAGAUUUGCCACUUGAAAUCCACAUUAAUUUUUGAAACAAUGGGUCUUCUGUUUCACACAGAAGUAAACAAAAGCAGACUUCUACUAUAUAGAAAAACAUACUUGGACAAGCAAUGCAGUAGUUAGAUUUAUGCUUUAAUGUAUUUUCAGAUGUUAUGUACACUUUUACCAAAGAAAAUGAUUUUAGGAUGAGGAAUAACCAAUGAGUUUGGCAAACGUAAUACUAUCUAAUGCAAGUUUGGCCGGAAUUGCAGGAGUGUAAACUUCCCCAAAGCAAAUAAUGAGCAGGACAAAGAGCUGCUGACGUUACUCUAAACUCUGAUAUAGUAGCACCUUGGCUCACAGGCAGUGGAUAUUUUUCUAAUGUAACCUGUAACCCCACACAAUAAUGUAGUUACUUAAUGAUAUGCCCCUUGCUUUUGGAAAUAACACUAGUUUACUUCUGAAGGUAGUAAGCUAAUUAGCCAGACAUGGUAAUGUUUACAGCAUAGAGAGUUUUCCUCUUAUUAGAGCCUCAUGCACACCGUUUCGGCAUGUAGAGAAAUCCAAAGCUUGACAGGCCCACCAUGCCUAGUUACAGUUGCUAAACUAUGAUUGGACAAUCGCUGUUUGGGGGUGGGGUUUAGCUAAUAGUCAGUUGGCUUAAAGCAAAACAUAAACUGCACCAAUUAUCACAGGCAAAAAAAAUAAAAAAAUCAAUGUAUAGAGGCGGCAAACAGUCUGUCUGGUAUUGGAUAUAGGACCACAGUACAAAUUGGAAAGUCAAGCUCACAGUCACACUGAUUGUGUGAUUACCACCUUUAGCAUUUCCAGCCCAGCCCAGCCCAACCAUCUUACUACUAGGAAACGAAACCAAAGUAGUCAGUGUCUCAGCUUCAGCCUUGUGCCUCAACCAACAGGCCUUACUGCCUUUAAGAAACAGAAUGUGUAUGUAGGACAUUGAUAAUCAUUCACUUAAUAUCCUGAAUCUGUAACAGACUUAGUCUGAGGAUUGUAGAUUGUCCUACAGAUUGUGGAAUUUGUGGAAAAGUCAGACGACGUCUCUGCUUACUUUAUCAGUAUGGCUGAAAAGACCUUCAACUUUGCCUUAGGCUGCUGAGGGGAUGGGAUCGCAUUUAGAUGCAAUCAAGAGGGCACUUUACUGCUUUGCUGCUUGGCAGCGAUUCACUAUCCCACACCAACACACGUCUUCCCUGCAGCUGCUUUAGUAGUUUUUCUCCAGGUGUGUGUGUGGUCAUAUUGAGCUCACAUAUGGUAAUACAAUAUGUGGCAGUGUCUGUGAAAUAUGUACUCGUGGGACAUAAAUGCAGGGUCAAAGGUCAUUUGUGCCUUUUAUUGCACAGACUACUCCCUUUUAAAUGAGUGUAAAUGUGUGUACAGUUUUUUUAUAUGACAAUGUGCAUGUGACCAAGCCAUGUAAAAAUAUUUUACUGUAAAUAAUGUAAGUAUAUAUUUAAUGAAGGAUCCAAUGUUCCCUCAAGAAAAUAAAUAUGUUAAAAACA